UUGUAAACCUAAGCCCUGCGAUUUACUUUUCCGCUGUAUUUCUUCGGCUCCUUCGUCGCUGUUCGACUUUGCUCUUCGAAGGCGUUCCCUUCCUGUUGGAUCGGAAGUUACGAUUUUGAUCGGAAUCAACGACGGGAGCUCGCUCUCUGUGAAGCGAAGUGUUGGAGAGCGGUCAUGGCGAGUGAUGCUGAACCAGCGAAGCUUCUCCUCCCGUUUCUACAGAGAGCCGAUGAGCUCCAAAAGCAUGAGCCCCUCAUCGCCUACUACUGUCGAUUGUAUGCGAUGGAUAGAGGACUCAAGAUUCCUCAGAAGGAGCGGACAAAGACCACUAGCUCCCUUCUUAUUUCCCUCAUGAAUCAGCUUGAGAAGGAUAAAAAAUCACUUAAACUAGGGCCUGAAGACAGCUUAUAUGCAGAGGGGUUUGCUUCAAAUGUCUUUGCAAAGGCAGACAAGCAAGAUCGUGCUGGACGGGCAGACCUGAAUACUGCCAAAACUUUCUAUGCUGCAAGCAUUUUCUUUGAAGUUUUGACUCAGUUUGGUGAACUUGCACCGGAUAUUGAACAAAAGCUGAAGUAUGCAGUUUGGAAAGCUGCAGACAUACGAAAAGCUUUAAAAGAAGGAAGAAAACCAGAACCAGGACCUCCUGGUGGCGAUGAAGAUCUUUUUGUGCCAUCAAUUCCACAGAUCAACACCAAUGUUCUAGAUUCAAAUGAAAGCAACCAAACCAAUUUUUCCAGUGGACUAUCAUCUGACCAAACAGAACAGGAUCCUCCGGAAAGGGAUAACUACUCUGGAGCUAAUGUUCCAUCUCAGCCUGCACACAAGGAUAUUGGAAGGAGGGAGAGUUUCAAUUAUUCUGGAGCCAAUAUUCCAUCUCAGCUUGCACCCAACGCCAAUCCACAAGUUAGUACUUCACCAUCUCCUUAUUCUAGCAAAGAUUAUUCGACCAGCGACUACCCACAGUUUCCUCAACCUUAUUCACCGAAUUAUCAUCAGUCAUAUUCCUAUGAGCAGCUACCAUUUGCACAAAAUUAUUCUCCAGAAAUUUCGAACCCUUCCUCUUACCCAAACUUCCAAUCUUACCCAAGCUUUCAAGAAAGCUCUUUUCCUUCUGCGCCAACUCACCAGCCUUCUUACUACCAUGGUACCGAUCUUCCUUUUUCCCAAGAAUCAACAGCAACACCAUCCAUUUCGAACUACCAAUCUACAGCACAAUACAGUAAUCCCAAUAGCACUGGAAAUCUUGCUGGAUCUUCAAUUUCUCCUGCUGCUAGCUAUAAAUACGACAGUAAUUAUCUGCCUCCUGUAGAGAAGAUUGCAGAGGCUCACAAGGCAGCAAGGUUUGCUGUUGGUGCCCUUGCAUUCGAUGAUGUGCCAGUGGCUGUGGAUUUUCUUCGUCGAUCUCUCGAGCUUCUCACAAAUCCUUCUGCCAAGCCUCCUCAUUGAGGAUGAGUCAAUUUAUAUUUGAGGUGGUGUUGCUCCUGUUAAUACUAUAACCUUACAGCCCAACUUUGUAGAUAUGUUCUAUUUUCUCACGCAAUAGUUGCGCUGCUAUUGUAGUAAUGUUUGCUUGGAUUCACCAAAUUCUGGAUUUCAUUUGUUGCUGGUGAUAUAGUGGAUUCAAGGUUCAGUAA